GUCCAACACAAGCUCAGUAACUUUGCAACUUCGUUUGUCUUGCCUUCGGCUUCGUCUUUCGGCCUUGCCUUCACGUUCUUACCAAAAUGUGACCCUGAUAAGUUAGCGGAAGAUGUAUAGCUAUUAGCGCAAGGAGAAGUUUAGGCAACGCGGGGAAAGUGGCAAACGCUUCUCCAACCUUCUUGUCUUGCCCUGGUCGGCCCUGAACUAGUAUUUAACUCGGAAUCAUGGUGGACCGCACACCUCCGUCAUUCGACAAGCUCAGCCGGCGGAGCAGGGGAGGGCGAUACAAUGAGCUUUACGAGCUCUAUGACAAGGCAGCGGAGGCUGUUCGCACACACGCAGACACCGAUGUAUCCGCCCAGCCCACGGACCACCCCAUUGCGGAGGAGGAGCCCAUGCCGCCGGCGCCCUCGCUGCACGGCCACCGCACGUCCAGCCACUUCGCCACGGGGGUCGUGCGAGAGGACGAGGUUGCGGAGGAGCAGUCAGCUCCGGGCACGAUCUCGCGCUCGCACCGCGUGUCUGCGGGCGGCGUCAGCGGCAUGGCGGCCGGCGGCGCCGGCGGCGGCUUGGUGCUGGCGCCCUUCCGGAGCCUGCGCGACGCGCGCGACGCCGCCGCCGGCGGUGCUGGCAUGGGCGCCGACGUGGAGGCGGGCGGCGGCCUGACCAGCUCCGGACUUGCCAGUGGCGGCGGCGGCGGCGGCGGCCUCAUGCGCCACGUGUCUAGUGGCGCGAUCGACCCGUCGCACGGGUCACGCGGCGGCCCAACCGACGACGAACACGGUGCCACCGGCGGGCGGCGGGAAUCCGAAGGCGGGGGCGGCGCCGCCGGCGUCGUGUCUGGCCUCGCUGACGCCUUUAGCGAGGCGCUGGGCGGGCUGGCGUCGACGCUGGCGGGGACGCUGCACCUGGGUGGACCAUUCGCGGCGGCGGCGGGCAACGGCGGCGGGCGGGAGGAGCCGGACGGCGCCGACGCGGACGGGCACGGGGGCGGCAUGGGCAUGGACAUGGGGAUGGGCCCGCGCGCGCAUCGCGACCGCAAGCACCGCAGCGAGAAGCCCAAGAAGGCGCCGCUGCUGUCCAGCAACUGGCUCAAGAUUGACUUCAAGGGGAAUGACACCAUCAUCCGGGUGGACAGGCACAAGCUGAUGCACAAGCUGGGCGUGCAGGCGCGCGACCUGCGGCUGCUGGACCUGACGUCCGCCACGCCGCCCGCCAUCCUGGACCGCGACAAAGCCAUCAUCGUCAACCUGUGGCACAUCAAGGCCGUGAUUACUCUGGACUAUUGCCUGGUGGUGUCGCCGGACGAGGGCGGCGAGCUGGCGGCGGCAUUCGUGGCGGAGCUUAAGGCCAAGUUGGCGUCUGAUAACAACCCCUCCACGCACGGCGGCGGCGGGGCUCCCAGCGGGCGCACCUACAUGGGCCUAUUCGGCACGUCUAGCCAGGUGACUGCCAGCUCGGGCUACAGCUCACUGCAGCUGCCCUUCGAGCUCAAGGUGCUGGAGGUGUGCCUGGACAUGACGGCCGCGCAUCUGGACGCGGCGACAAAGGCGCUUGAGAGUGACGCCUAUCCCACACUGGACGCACUCACGCACAAGGUGACGGCGUUCAACCUGGAAAAGGCCCGCCGCAUCAAGAACCGGCUGGUGCGGCUCACAACCAACGUCGAGUCCGUGCGCGAGGUGUUGGAGCGCUUCCUGAACGACGACGGCGACAUGCACCGCCUGCACUUGACGGGCGCCGAGCUGUCGCGCCAGGUGUCGAUGAAGCCGGGCGACCUGUCGCGACUGUCGUCCGGCCUGCUCCGGAACAUGAGCGGCGGCGCGCCCGGCGGCCCGCCGGGUGCGGGCGGCGACGCCUCCGACUCCUCUUCCGACUCCUCCUCCGACUCGUCCAUCGACGAGGCUGAGACGGCGGCGGUGGAGAUGUUGCUGGAGGCGUACUUCAUGCAGGUGGACCACACCUUCAAUCGCCUGCAGACGGUGCACGAGUACAUCAAGGACACAGAGGAUCUGGUUACCAUCAAGCUGGACCAGCACCGCAACCAGCUCAUCACCAUAGACCUCGUCCUCACCAGCCUCAACGCCGCGCUAGCGCUCAUGACCGCGGUGGCCGGCUACUUUGGCAUGAACCUCGACUCCAAGCUGCAGAUGCGGCCGCAUCUGUUCAAGGCGGUGGUGCUGACCACGACGCUCGGCGCGCUCGCACUGUUCGUGCUGUUCCUGUUCUUCACGUGGCGCGCCAAGCUGCUUUACUUCAACUGAUGUGACCAUCCACUGGGGUAACCGGUGCAUUCUUUCUUGACGGCACAGAAGGUUUGUGCUUGCACAAGAGCUGCUUGUGCAUCUGCCCGAGCGUUACAAGGACAGUAGUACAUGUCGGACAAAGGAGAACGCGUGAAUUCUUUACCUACGGCUUUGCACACUCGUUGCAUGGGUGUUAUGGAGGCGAACUUGCGGGUGACGAUUGAGUGACGUGUGCCACCGACAGCCAAAUGCGCAGUUUCAUGUCUGGUGACUUAUGUUUGAUGCGGUACAUGUAAGGAUAUGAUGCACUGUGCUUGUGAAGCUGCAGUAGAGGGGCUGUCUCAGAGUAUGGGUAGCAAAGACCGGGGGCGUGUACGCCAGAGUGUCGGAGUGAAGAACAUGUGUCAGGUACAGGGGGGCAUCUAGUGGGAAGCGUUUGGUAAUUUCGUAGCAGGGCGGGGAGGUACUGAGCGUCAGGCCGUCAGCAGUGCACGCUUGGCGCCACGACCGUAUUGUUGGGACGGUGUGGCCAUCACGCGGCGGCAAAAGCAGGAACGUGCGACAGUGUCGUUUCAACGGAGGAUGGACGGUG